UAAUAAUAAGAAAUGGUAAGAAUAUAGAUUCUAAAUUUUGUUAGGCAUCUCUUUUGAAUAUGGUUUAAGGAUAACCAAUAAUAGAGGUUAGUUUAGAUGGUAUAGAAACACGUAAACAUACAAGAUUUUAAGAUAAAUAAUUGGGAGCAUUAAGAUUACCAGUUUAUUCUGUAUUUAUAUUAUAUUUAUAAUAAAUAGGGUGAUGAUGAUAUUACAGGAGUAAUAGAAUUAAAAAUGAAUAAAUAAAAGAAAAUAGAACAUUUAGGUAUUAGAGUUGAAUUAAUAGGAAGAAUUGGUAAUUAUUAUUUAUUUAUGAAUAUUAAGAAAUUCUAAAUGAUUAAAAACAAAGUUCAGAUUUUAUGUCUAUGUCAAGAGAAUUAGAACCAUAAGGAUUGUUAUUUGAAGAUAAAACAUAUAAGUUUUAAUUUUAAAAGUUUGAAAAAUAACAUGAAAGUUAUUAUGGAAAUACAGUCAGAUUAAGAUAUUACUUAAAAGUUUAUAUGAAUCGUAAUUAUGGGAAAGUGUAAAAAGAAAUUGAUUUUGCAGUUUUAAUACCAUAACCAGAACUAGAAGAUUAACCAUAAACAUCAUUAAAAUUAGAAGUAACUAAUAUUUUAUUAAAUAAUAUAUAGGUUGGUAUUGAAGAAUGUUUACAUAUUGAUUUUGAAUAUUUUAAAAGUAGAUAUCAUUUAAGAGAUGUAGUAACUGGAAAAGUUAAUUUCUAUUUAGUGAAAAUUAAAAUUAAACAUAUGGAAUUAGCAGUAAUAAGAAAAGAAUAAUAUGGAUAAGGACCAUAAUAAUAAACUGAUAAUGAAACACUUGUUAAAUAUGAAUUAAUGGAUGGUUGUCCUUAAAAAGGAGAAGUUAUACCUAUACGGUUAUAUUUAAGUGGUGUUGAUAUAACACCAUCUAUCAAAAAUGUUAAUGGUAAAUUCAGUGUCAAAUAUAUUCUUAAUCUUAUUUUGGUUGAUGAAGAUGAUCGAAGAUAUUUUAAAUAAUAAGAAAUUACAAUCUAUAGAAAGAAAUGA